AUGGGUCAAAUGCAUUGUAUAUCACUUAACCCGGCGAAAUGCAGAUACGCCGUGGAAUCAGGGGAAUUCCUCAGUUACCUGGUUACAUACCGCGGUAUCGAAGUUAAUCCAAAACAGAUCGGUGCAUUGAUCGACAUGGCUUCACCCAAAAACAAGCGGGAAGUACAGAGAUUAACCGGGAGAGUCACAACACUUAAUCGAUUCAUCUCGCGAUCAACGGACAAAUGCUUACCUUUCUACGAUAUCCUACGGGGGAACAAAAAAUUCGAGUGGAACGGUUUUCAACAGCUGAAACAUUACUUAGCCACUCCUCCGGUUCUCGCAAAACCUGUCGAAGGAGAACCCUUGUUCUCAUAUAUCGUAGUAUCGGCAACGGCUGUAAGCAGCGUCCUGAUCAUAGAGAAGAGCGGUGAACAUGAACCUAUUUUCUACCUAAGCAAAACUUUGCUAGACGCUGAAUCACAGUAUCCGCUAAUGGAAAAAUUAGCAUACGCAGUCGUAACAUCGGCACGAAAGCUCCGACCGUAUUUCCAAUCUCAUACGAUCGUCAUCCUCACGACCUUCCCUCUGCGGACGAUUUUGCAUAGUCCAAGCCAGUCGGGAAGACUAGCCAAAUGGGCAGUCGAGUUAAGUGAGUAUGAUAUAGAAUGCCGACCAAGAACGAGUGCAAAAUCCCAAGUACUCUCAGACUUUUUGGUAGAGCUACCGACGGGAACCAUGACUAACAAAGAACCAAAUUCAACAUGGGUCCUUCACGUCGACAGAUCGUCAUCUAAGCAAGGAUCGGGCAUCAAAAUUCGCCUCAAAUCACCGACCAAUGAAAUCCUAGAACAAUCGUUUAGGCUAGAAUUCCACGCGUCCAACAAAGAGGAUGAGUACGAAGCGCUCAUUGCAGGGCUACCAUUAGCUCACAAAUUGAAGAUACGCAACAUCCACGCCUACUAUGAUUCUCAGCUAGUCGUAAAUUUCGACUGUAUCGCUCUCACGCGAAUUCCCCGCUCCGAAAACGUCCAAGCCGAUGCUCUCGCGGCCCUGGCGUCAAGUUCAGACCCAGGUCUUAAAAGAGUGAUUCCGGUCGAAUUCAUCGAGCACCCGAGUAUCGGACCACCAAUCGUUAUCAACCUCAUCGGGGAUCAAGACGACGAUGUGGAGGAGAUAGCGGUACAGCUAGAAGAGAGAUCGGAACAAUCCGACUACGGCUGUGAUACGCCGUGGCUGGAAACGAUUCGAGCCUACAUCAUCGACGGAAAAUUACCCCCCGAAAAAUGGGCAGCCCGCAAAAUCCGAACCCAAGCCGCGCGUUACGUGACGGUCGACGGGGAAAUUUACAAGUGGAAAUUUUUCGGACCGCUCAUGAAGUGUUUGGAAGGAGAAAAGGCGAAAAAAGUCAUGGAAGAAGUCCAUUCUGGAUCCUGCGGAAACAAUUCCGGUGGAAGACAUAGAGUUCCUUACGAGAUCGCAACUGACAACAGAUCACAGUUCAUCUCCACCCGGUUCGAAGCAUUUUGUGAAAAAUGGAAGAUACCAUUAAACAAAUCAACUCCCAGAUAUCCACAAUGCAACGGUCAAGCCGAGACAAUCAAUAAGACCGUUCUAGACGAAUAUAAGAAAUGCCUAGACGCUAAAAAAGGCAGGUGGGGGGAGGAACUCGAGGGAGUCCUCUGGUCACAUCGCACGACCCCAAGACGAGCAACGGGAGAAACGCAUUUUGCCCUCGUGUACGGGACAGAAUGCCUGAUUCCCGCGGAAGUCAAAUUUCCCAGGGUCCGAAGAAGAUUACUGCCUGAACGAGAAGAGCUCAACAACGCCAUGCUCCUAUACAAUCUCGACCUCAUCAACGAAAACCAAGAUCAAGCGCUCAUCCGAAUUCAAAAUUAUCAACACGCAGCAGCAAAAUACUAUAACUCCAACGUUCGAAAUCUCUGA